AUACAGUCUAUUUGAAUCAAUCUACUCGUGAAUUGUUUAGUUCUCUAAAGUCUCUCUAAAGUGUGAAUAUAUCCACAGAGGAUGAAGCACAUUGUAUAAUAAUCAAAACGUAUACUCGCACUUUUCACUUGGGACAACUAACUUCUGCUUAGGCGUCUGCUCAUAGUUGAGAGUGCGCCUUGGAUCAUAUCAGAUCUAAUAAAAUAUUGAAUAUUGAGAAUAUUUACUACGUUUAAAAGGCAAAUAUAAUAGAAGAAUUCUCUAAAAUUAAAACUGAGUAAUUUUAAUUGUUUGCUUACGUAGAAAAACAAUGUCUGACAAUAAGCCUGAUGCGGUUGCCGGUCUAGGAUUUAAAGAUAAAGAAAAGGCAUGUGAAACAAUUAGUAUUCUAAAAGGUAGAGACCCUGAUUAUCAAAAAUUGGCCAUCAAAGGACUUAUUGGACGAGCCAAACGUGUUCUUACUUUAACCAAAGAUAAGGACAAACUACAGAAUAUAAAUGAAGCAAUUAAAACAUUUGAUGACUGGUUAAAAAACUACGAGAACUCAAAUAUGGCUAAAGAGAAUCGACCCUAUUUGCCGUUAACAACAAUGAAACUUUUUCGACCAUUGGCGGACAAACACAACGUACAAUCUGAAAAUUCAAAAAAGUUCUUUAAAGCGUACGAAAAAGUUAACGGUGAAUAUAAACAUUUGCGAACCGUAGAAAGUACCGAAAAAGAAAUUACCUGGGACAUUAUCAGAAAUACACACCUUAAAAAUAUUAUGAAAAAGUAUAAUGAUGAAAAUUUAGACUUAUGGGAUGAUAAUCUGCCAACCAAGGCCCAUCUCGAAAUGAUUGUUUGGUCUUAUAGUCCAGAUGCUAACCGCAUUAAGAAAAAUUUGACCAAGAUUGAAGAGAUACUGGGUGAAAAUGUAGCUGAAUCAAGCAGUGACAGUAAUAAUGAUGAUGUCAGUGACAAUGAUGAAGAAAAAACUAGGAAGAGAAGGAGUUCAUCCAGUUCUCAAUCAGGCAGUGAUGAGAGUCCUAGAAAAAAAUCAAAAUCAUCCAGCAAACAAUAACGCUUAAUUCAAAAUGCAAGAUAACCUGCAAAUUGUUCAAACCAUACCUUAACUAUUUGUUAUAAAUAAUAAAUACAUUAAAAUGGUACUUACUGUUAAAAA